AUGGCGAAGUUACGCCCUAUAUCUAUCACAUUCGUCGUUGCAGCCAAGUACCUGAAAGGCGCAAAGGCUGAAAUUUCUCGCGAACUCACGCUGUGCGGUGAAGACGUUCAGAAACGUAUCAGGUUCCUACCGGUUGAGCAAGGAGAUGACAAUUUCGACCCUGCGAUAUUCGAGCAAUACCUCCUCGCAACUUGGAAGCAGCUGUUCGACGGCGACUCUACCAUGUGCGAAGCUCUGGACGGCACUCCUUACGCACUCCGCUUGCUCGAAUCGCCACUCAGCGCAGUCGUUAUAGACAUCAUACUCAUGGAAAGCUUCAACGCACUGCGCGAACGCCAGAAGAUAGCGACCUCCUUCAAAUUCUUCACUUGGUUACCUGUCGCGAUCAACACUAUACUCUCGCUUUGUCGCUUCGAUGCGAUACCGCUCGUAGAAAGCGCCGCCGCCCAGAUGGAGGUGUCGUUCAACGAAGCGGCCCGCCACCUCAUGCUCGUACCGAGCGGCCAAGUCGUCCGUCAUCCAGGACUCCCGGAUAUGUAUGAUCACGAAUACCAGCCACAGGCGCAAACGGACGGCGUGCCCACUUUCGACGCGGCCGAUUACUAUCCCGAAGCGGUGUCGGAGUUCCGCAGCUGGUUUGCGGAGACGUCGCGCAAGGUCUAUUACGUCGGUCCACUCGUGCCAGACGGCAGCGCCCUGGCUUCUUCGCCGCAGAAUGGGCGGAGAGCGCAAGGCGGCGUUUUGAGCUUUUUGGAUGACCAUUUGACGGCGCGCGGUGAGCGAUCAGUGGUCUACAUAUCCUUUGGGUCCUUGUUCUGGCCUAGCGACCCCGGUAAGGUCCACGCCGUCCUAGAAGUCCUCAUAAACAGAAAUAUCCCAUUCAUCCUGACCCACCCCAGCGCACUCGCAGUACUGUCUCAUGACACCCUGGCUAUGCUAUCCGAGUGCAAGAGCGCUUUCGUUACUCAAUGGGCGCCCCAGCAGGCGAUCUUGGAGCACCCUGCGACGGGCUGGUGCCUCACGCACGGCGGACACAACACUGUCCUAGAAUGCAUAGCAGCUGAGGUCCCCAUGAUUCUCUGGCCGAUCUUCACAGACCAGCCUGUGAACGCGAUUCACCUUACCGACCACCUGGACGUGGCAUACGAGCUCCUCGAGGUGCGGCACGGCACAGGGCUGGGGCCCAUCUUCCGCACAGGCAAGACUCCGACUGGGACCCUGGCCGCUGUCCGGGAGGAACUGGGUAAGGUGCUCGAGUGCGCGUUCGGAGAGGAUGGGCAGGCGAAGCGGAAGAGGUUGCAGGUAUUGCGCACGACGCUGGACCAAGCGUGGGCAGAGGAUGGAGUUGCGAGAGCGGAGGUGGAGUCAUUCUUGGAGGAUUUGCCGUGA